GUGACUUAAGUACUAGAGACCUUGAGGCUCUUCACAACAUUCACAUCUUUCUUUUCCAAACUCUCAAGGAUGACAGAAGAACCGCAACCCUCGUCUUCAGAUACAUCAGACCCCAUGAUGGGGCUGUCAUUGUCUCGCAGUGGAGCCGCAUCCAGCUCAGCCCUCAAGCGCGGACCUCCUUCCUCAUUCGAAGGACUCGAGGAAGAGACGAGCAAGAAACGAUUCAAAGAGGACUUGGGAAACGAGCCAGAUAACGAGAAGUCUGUCGCUAAACCUCAUUAUGAGGCCCUCGCAGAUGAUCUUGCUCAAGAACUUCAAUGCGGUUGCUGCGCUGAGUUGGUGUACCGACCGGUGGUCGUGACCCCUUGCCAGCACUUCUUCUGUGGCAGCUGUUGUGUUCUGUGGAUUCGUAAUGGAGGUACGAACUGUCCUGCAUGUCGAGGGGUAUCUACUAUCGUAACACCAUCCCGCCCGCUGCAAUCGAUCGUCGAUAUUCUUUUGCGUGCGGAUCCGUCACGAGAACGCGCUGAGCGAGAACGCAUUCAGGCGGAUGAGGUAUACAAAGCUGGAUGUUCUAUGAGGAUCCCAACCCCACGAGAAGCGUCGCCGGAACCCAACCUGAAUCAAAAUGCGGAUUAUGUUCGUCCUUGUCCUCAUUGCAUGCCUGAUAAUGCAUUCGGUUGGAGGUGCCCUCAACCCGUCAUUGACUAUGGCGUCGACCCAGAGCGUGCGUGGCACUUGGAUGACGGUAAUCCUCCUGGACAUGCGUUUUGCGGAAAUUGCGAGAAUCUUCUCGCCUUGCGCGCUCCGUCCACAACAAAAUGUGACCUAUGCCAGGUCUCAUUUUGCGGUGUUGGUGUACCAGGGCGGUGUUUGGCAGCACCUCUGCUGUCUCAGCACCCUCAUAAUAUGUCUGAUCUUGGUGAUCUCAUCCAAUCAUCCGAAGUUUAUGGAUGCUUCGAUCACAAUACCGUCGAGGUCGAUAUUAUGCUUGAUUACCUGACCGCUCAAGAACUCUCACCUCGGCAUAUUUAUCGCGAGGUUGCAUCACACAUCAACUCCCAACCUAAUGGUUUCCGCCCCCUGAUAGAGCUCGACUUGUUUGUGGAUAUCCACAGCGUUACCGCUGGGAGUGAUGAGAAUCCGGAUGCGCCGAGGAACAGGAUAUGUAGGCAGUGUGCUACGGAAGUCAUGCUCUGGGGUAUUAAAGACUGGUGGAUACGAGAAAGGCAGAAGGGUUUUCUUGAGGAAACUGUGACUCGCCGGCCUGAUUGCAAGGAAGGCACGUCCUGCAGCAGACAGAAAGAUCUCGCGCAUGCAAGGGAAUAUAAUCACAUCAUUGCCCCCCGUUUUUCGGGAGAUUCGGUCCUUUCCACCGAUCCAUCAAUGACAAGCGUUCUGGGCAGCCCACCUGUAUUUGCUGCAAUAACCGCUGGCGCUGAUGCCGCUAGGCAACCAGAGCCAGAGAUGGCGGAAAGUCAGGGCAAUGCAGCAGUGACAGAUCUCCCAACAAACCCCCUUCUGACAGAUCGAACAUGAGGAAUGCUCUUUCCCCCUUCAUCUUAGCAACUACAACGAGCUUAAUGCUGUGUCGGAGUUCAGGUUGCACGUGGAAAAGUUUUACCGUGGUUAUGACUAGCUCAGAUGUCAUUCGCACCACGGUUUCAUGUCUCCUUUUCUCUUUCCAUUCUAAUGGUCAUUUUAUCGUUAUCUUCACCUCAUAACCACUUGGAAUGUGAUUCCAACAGGUUUGAGACUAAUCCGGCACAUCGCGUGGUACAUUAAUGACAGAUAGGACAACAAUGUAAAUGUAUGCAAAAUGAACAUGAUAU